AUGCUUGAGAAAGAAGCUGAGGAUUGGUGGCGCAACACUGUUCAGAGAUUUGAUGAGGAUGGCAUUGAAGUGACUUUGGCACUUUUCCGUGAUGCUUUUUUGGAGAACAUGGUUAUUGAUACUCCGACUAUGGGUUCAGUGACUACUUCAUCUGUUUGUUUGAAAUGUCCGUUGAAUAUUUGUGAUAAAGAUUUUGAAGUUGAUUUAGUGUGUCUUCCAUUGAGUCAACUUGAUGUUAUUUUGGGAAUGGACUGGUUGAGGGCCAACCAUGUCUAUAUCAAUUGUUUUAUGAAAGUUAUUCUUUUUCUUGAGCCAGAGAAGGAAGUGUUUAUGUUGGUGGCAAGUUUGAAGCUUAGUGAAAAUGGAACAAUGGGUGAAUUUCCAGUUGUUCGUGAUUUUCCUAAAGUGUUUCUUGAUGAGGUUAGCGAUUUGCCUCCUGAACGUGAAAUUGAGUUCAUGAUUGAUUCGAUUCCUGGUACUAGUCCGACAUUGAUGGCUCCGUAUCGGAUGUCACCAUCUGAGUUGAAAGAGUUGAAAAGUUAA